CAGUGAAUUAGCUGUAAGCCUGUUGCUUCGGCGAGCUGUUUUGCUUGCGGAUUAAACAGAUGAGUGUAAACUUUCCCCUCUUCAUCGCACAGCUGCAGCGAUGAUCAUCCCGGAAGGUUAAGCCCCUGACCAGGCGUCCACCAUGGGCACGGCAUCCUCCAUGGUGAGCCCGGGGGAGGUGAUCGAGGACGGAUACGGGGGCGAAGGUGGGGAAGCCUGUGAGAUACCGGUGGAGGUGAAGCCCAAAGCCCGGCUGCUGCGGAGCUCGUUCCGCAGAGGUCCCCGGGUGAUCGGGGCCAGCUUCAAGUCCACCGGGUCCGUGGAUCUGGAGUACGCCGCGGAGUAUGAACGACUCCGUAAAGAGUACGAAAUCUUCCGUGUCAGCAAGAAUAACGAGAUCACGUCCAUGCAGAAGAAGGAGGCCAAGCUGGACGAGGAGAACAAGAGGCUGAGAGCUGAGCUCCAGGCUCUGCAGAAAACCUACCAGAAAAUUCUGAGAGAAAAGGAGAGUGCUCUGGAAGCGAAGUACCAAGCCAUGGAGAGAGCUGCUACCUUUGAACAUGACAGGGACAAAGUGAAACGACAGUUUAAGAUUUUCCGGGAGACUAAAGAAAAAGAGAUACAAGAUCUUCUGCGCGCUAAAAGAGACCUGGAGGCAAAACUCCAACAGUUACAGGCUCAAGGCAUCCAGGUCUACGAUCCAAAUGACUCCGAUUCAGACGACAACCAAACCACUGUCACUGCUGCAGGCACACAGUGUGAUUACUGGACAGGCGGCGUGCUGGGAAGUGAGCCCUCUAUGGGCAGCAUGAUGCAGUUGCAGCAGACCUUCAGGGGACCGGAGUUUGCACACAGUUUGAUCGAUGUGGAGGGGCCCUUUGCAAAUGUCAGCAGAGAUGACUGGGAUGCUGCGGUGGCCAGUCUGCUACAGGUCUCCCCUCAUGUGCCCCAGGCUUUGUGGAGUAAUACAGUACGCUGCUACCUGAUCUUCACCCAGGAGACCAAAGCUGAGAUGGAUAUCUUUGUCAAGAAACACUCUUCUUUGCUACGACGGAUGUGUGAAGGUCUCGGCCAUUUCUAUCUGAAUGUCUGCUUCCCGGAGGAGAACGCCGCCUCAUAUGCCUUGGAGCGCAAGCAGGAGAUCGAGAGAAGUUCCGUGUGUGUGCUUCUCCUCAAAUCUUCUGUAACAAGCUCUGUGGUGGAGGAUUGUGAGGAGGCUUUUGUGAAGAAUCCAGAUGGCCACCCGCUGGUGCUCUACCUCAGGACCGAAGAAGAUCACAACCUGACUGGAUCGGUCAGGCAACUACUGGAACGGAUCAAUGCUGCAGACAAGGCUGCCAAAAUCAAGGUUGUGGAUCACGGUGGCUCUGCAGAGGAGGGAGCAGAGCUGAUUUAUGCUCAGCUGGAGAAAAUCAUCAAACAGGAACUGCUGGGACUUGAGGGAGCAGAUGUUGACUCGAAGGAUUCGGGGAUAGACGAGGGCCGUGAGGAAGACUCUGGAGACGUGCUGUGGGACCUGCAUGACGAGCAGGAGCAGAUUGAGUCCUACCAGCAGGCCUGCAGCAGCACAACCUCUCAGCUAGGCUUCCAGAAGUAUAUCGAUCGUUUGAAUGACAUGAUCGCUGCCCCCCCUCCGACGCCACCUCUGCUGGUAUCUGGUGGUCCUGGAUCAGGAAAAUCUCUGCUGCUGUCCAAAUGGAUCGAACUCCAACAGAAGCAAACGCCCAACACCUUGUUCCUGUAUCAUUUUGUUGGUCGGCCUCUUUCCACCAGCUCAGAGCCAGUCCUCAUUAUCAAACGCCUCACAGUCAAACUAUUGCAGCAUUUCUGGUCCAUUUCUGGAUUGUCCAUGGAGCCCAGUAAGAUCUUGGAGGAGUUUCCUCGAUGGCUUGAAAGACUAUCAGCUCGGCAUCAAGGAAACAUCAUCAUCAUCAUCGACUCAAUUGACCAAAUACAGCAAGCUGAAAGACACAUGAAGUGGCUGAUUGAUCCUCUGCCUGUCAACGUCAGAGUGGUGGUGUCUGUCAAUGUGGAGACCUGCCCUCAGGCCUGGAGGUUGUGGCCGACUCUCCACCUAGACCCACUCAGUCCCAGAGAGGUCAGGAGUGUUGUCAACGCUGAGUGCCACAGCAGUGAGCUAAAACUCACCAAAGAUCAGGAGAAGAAGCUGGAAAGACACUGUCGCUCUGCAUCAACUUGCAAUGCACUCUACGUCACACUUCUGGCAAAGAUUGUCACCAGUAGCUGCUGUUGGUCACUGGAGAAGAGCCUGGAGCAGUGUCUGCAGUGUCAGGACACCAUGUCUCUCUACCGCCUGGUGCUCAAGAUGACCCUGAAGUCCCUCAGCACAGACCGAGAGCGGCACAUCAUGAGAGAGAUACUGUGCCUUGUGUGUGCCAGCCAUAACGGAGUGAGUGAAUCAGAAGUCCUCGAUCUUUUCCCCGAAGUGGAGUUGCCCGUCCUGUCCUCUCUCCUCUACCGCUUGAACAGACUCUGCAUCGUCACCCUCCGCUGUGGACUCAUCCGGUUCCAACACCUGCAGGCCUGGGAGGCAGUGAGGCUGGAGUUUCUGGUCGGAGGCAGCAGCUCCGCUACUUACAGAGAAAAACUGAUCCAGUACUUCAGCCAGCAGCUCAGCCAGGACCUGGUGACGUGGCGCGUCGCAGAUGAGCUUCCUUGGCUGCUCCAGCAGCAGGAAGACAAGACCAAACUGCAGCUCAGCCUCUUGAACCUGUUUGUUUCCCAAAACCUCUACAAGAGGGGUCAUUUCUCUGAACUGCUGGCCUAUUGGCAGUACGUGGGCAAAGAUAAGAGCUCCAUGGCCUCGGAGUAUUUUGACUCUCUGAAACAAUAUGAGAAGAGCUGCGAGAGCGAAGACAGCAUGACCAAGCUUGCAAACCUGUAUGAAACUUUGGGACGUUUCCUGAAAGACCUGGGCCUCCCGAGUCAGGCCGUUGCGCCUUUACAAAGAUCUCUGGAGAUCCGGGAGACGGCCCUGGACCCAGACCAUCCCAGCGUGGCUCGCUCCCUGCACCAGCUGGCCGGGGUUUACGUCCAGUGGAAGAAGUACGGCAAUGCCGAGCAGCUGUACAAGCAAGCCCUGGAGAUAAGCGAGAAUGCCUACGGCGCCGAGCACGCCAGUGUAGCACGAGAGCUGGAGUCGCUCGCCAUGCUGUACCAGAAACAAAACAAGUACGAGCAAGCAGAGAAACUCAGGAAAAGGUCGGUACGAAUCCGGCAGAAGACCGCCCGACAGAAAGGUCAUAUGUACGGCUUCACUCUGCUGAGGCGCCGCGCUCUCCAGCUGGAGGAGCUCACGCUGGGAAAAGACUCUGCAGACUGCGCCAGGACACUGAAUGAACUCGGCGUCUUGUACUACCUCCAAAACAACCUGGACGCAGCCAAGGUGUUCCUGACUCGCUCUCUGGAGAUGCGUCAACGUGUCCUCGGCCCCGAACACCCCGACUGCGCUCAGUCCCUCAACAACCUGGCCGCCCUGCACACUGAAAGGAGGGAGUACGAGACGGCCGAGGACCUGUACGAGAGAGCGCUGGACAUCCGCAAGAGAGCCCUGUCCCCGGACCAUCCCUCGCUGGCGUACACCCUCAAACACCUGGCCAUGCUCUAUAAACGCAGAGGGAAGCUGGAGAAAGCUGUUCCACUCUAUGAGCUGUCUCUGGAUAUCAGGGAAAAAAGCUUCGGGCCCAAACACCCCAGUGUGGCAACGGCGCUGGUCAACCUGGCCGUUAUUUACUGUCAGCUGAAGAAGCACGGCGAGGCGUUGCCCCUUUAUGAACGAGCUCUGAAAGUCUACGAGGACAGUCUGGGCCGAUCGCAUCCCCGAGUCGGAGAGACCCUGAAGAACCUCGCCGUGCUGAGCUAUGAAGAGGGGGACUUCGAGAAGGCGGCAGAGCUGUACAAGCGUGCGAUGGAGAUUAAAGAGGCGGAGCCGUCGCUGGUGUGCGGCAACGCCCCGUCGCGUCACUCGUCCAGCGGAGACACGUUCAGCCUGAGGGGCCCCGCCCCCCUCCCACACGCCCCGAGGUGACUCUGUCUCUGAAGAUCACUCCAGGCUGCUCAGGCAGUCUGUGUUGUCACAGAGAGGGAAACGGCCCCAGUCUUCACACUGUGAUCGUCUUUCUGGGUGGAGAUCAGUCAUACUGUAUCCUGUAUUCACAAGUGGGAACAUGGAGUCCGCUGUAUUAGUCUGUGAAACAUGUACCUUUACCAGAAGUAUUCAUUCGUGCACAACCACGUGUUGAAGAGUCUCUAAGGUUAAGUCAGAGUUGAGUCUCAGGUUUACACAACUCACGGUUUCAAUCAGUGGAAUCACUUUUAUCAUGAAGGUUUUUGAAUAUUCCGUUUUUAUAUCAACACAUAGAAAUGAGUUUAAUUUUCUGAUGAAGGGAUUAAAGAUGAACUUCCUCUUAAUCGCAGGAGCAUCGGACCUCGAGCACUUUUUGAGUGUACAGCAUUGACACUCGGUAAUAUCUGGGACUUUAUUAGACUUCCUGUGAAGAAUUUCAAGGUACAGUUUAAAGGAUGCAACUUAUUGUUUACAAACGGGCCACAGCAGUCUGUUACAGUAUGAACAUCAUACUCUAAAAACACAAAGCUGAACCAUUUCUGAGAAAUCAUCAUCUCUGGUACUGCACACUCUUGUUAGGCAGAAUUAAACAUAUUUAUUCACCGAAAAAGUAUUUCAAAAGAAAAAUAAUGUCAGACAUGAUGACUGAGCUUUAAAAAAAAAAAAAAGUAUUGAAGUCAGAAAACAGUGUUUGUGAAGCUGGAUGGAGUUUUGGGGCUGGGCGCUGUAGCCAGCCUCUCAUGCAUUAUUAUUGCCAAAUACUGUGUACAACAUGCGAUGUAUCUGAAUGUUUUCAUAAAUUCAUGUAUUUAUGUCAUGUAAUUAAAAUCUAACAAUCAAGUCCAACAACUCAACAUGUUCAACUAAUAAAUACUUUAUUGAGAC